AGGAGGCUGCAUCUUUGCCAUACCUGCAGCAGAGGGCUGCAGAAACUGGGGAAUUCAAGCCAAGGACCUUCUGCUUUUCUGUUCCUGACUGCCUCCAGAAGGGUUUACAGCUCUCUUGAGAGAAAAGAGCCCCAGAUAAUUUCCCCACUGGGAAGGCUGGCUGGCUGCCUCCCCAGUUACGGCCUCAACGUCCAAUCUGGAAUAAUGGGAAGGGGGAAGGAAAACAACAGUUCCCAAGGAAGAAGGCCAUUCAGUUUCUUAGGUGGUGGAAUGUGCGGGGCCUCUCUUCUGUUCUACACAGGAGCCGAUCGGUGUACAGACUAGCUUGUGAUGCUCUUGUCAAGCUGGAGCUCAGUACAAUGUGCCUGUCCCUUUAAAGCAGGGGAACGCUGCUUCUCACUCUCUGCCUCUGUGGGUGAACGCAAGGCGCUGGGAUUGAGCUGCUUGAUGCCAGAUCAAGGGAAAGUAGAGCCAGAGCGCAGCGAAAGGAGGGAGAAGAGGAAACCUGCUGCAAACAAGCACUCGUAUUAGUGAAAUAGCAUUGCAGACAACCAUCGUGAUUUCAAAAUGCCUUUCCAUGUGGAGGGUCUGGUCGCUAUUAUUGUGUUCUACUUAGCAAUCCUGUUUGUUGGAAUAUGGGCUGCUUGGAGAACCAAAAAUACUGGAAGCGAUGGAGACCGCAGUGAAGCUAUUAUAGUUGGUGGAAGAGAUAUUGGCUUGCUGGUUGGUGGAUUUACCAUGACUGCCACCUGGGUUGGAGGAGGUUACAUCAAUGGGACAGCUGAGGCUGUGUAUGUGCCAGGAUAUGGACUGGCUUGGGCUCAGGCACCCAUUGGAUAUGCCCUUAGCCUGGUUGUAGGUGGCCUAUUCUUUGCAAAGCCAAUGCGUUCCAAAGGCUAUGUAACCAUGUUGGAUCCAUUUCAGCAAAUUUAUGGAAAGCGAAUGGGAGGGCUUAUCUUCAUACCUGCAUUAAUGGGGGAAAUGUUCUGGGCCGCAGCCAUCUUCUCUGCAUUAGGUGCCACCAUAAGUGUGAUCAUUGACAUCAACAUCAAUAUUUCAGUUAUUAUUUCUGCCUUGAUUGCAAUUCUGUACACCUUGGUUGGGGGGCUUUACUCAGUAGCCUACACUGAUGUGGUCCAACUGUUCUGCAUUUUCCUAGGACUGUGGAUCAGUGUUCCAUUUGCAAUGUCCCAUCCUGCAGUGACAGACAUUGGGAUUACAGCAGUCCAUGAAGUUUACCAAAAGCCUUGGCUUGGCUUAAUUGACACCCCCGACAUCUACACAUGGCUUGACAAUUUCCUGUUACUAAUUUUAGGGGGGAUCCCAUGGCAAGCAUAUUUCCAGCGAGUCCUUUCCUCUUCAUCUGCUAUGUAUGCUCAAGUGCUAUCCUUUCUAGCAGCUUUUGGGUGUCUUGUGAUGGCUCUCCCUGCAAUACUCAUUGGUGCAAUAGGAGCAUCAACAGGGAAAACAGGUUUCCAUUCCCAAGACACAGAGCAGCUCUGGUGGAUGAGAAUGAUUUACAUCAAGACAAAUGGUUCAGAGGGGAACCCAUUAGCAUCCUUCUCCAAGUGCUUUCAUCCUGCUUCAGUUCAGAGCAGAGGCGUAGCUCCAAGGGGACGGAGGAGUGCGAUGCACCAGACACGCACCCCUGUGGGGACAUGGCCCCCCCUUCGGCCUCACAAAGGCAGGUCAGCUGCUGUAAUGUCAUCAGCCGACUCAUCCAUCUUAUCAGCAAGUUCCAUGUUCGCCCGGAAUAUUUAUCAACUUUCAUUUCGGCAAAGUGCAUCGGACAAGGAAAUAGUUUGGGUCAUGCGGAUCACCAUUUUUUUGUUUGGCGCGUCAGCAACAGCAAUGGCCCUGCUUGCUAAGUCAGUAUAUGGACUCUGGUAUCUGAGCUCUGACCUGGUUUACAUCAUCAUCUUCCCUCAGCUCUUGUGUGUUCUUUUUAUCAAAGGAACCAACACCUACGGUGCUAUUGCAGGAUACUUGCUUGGUGUUUUAUUACGAAUUACAGGAGGAGAACCGUAUCUCUACUUGCAGCCCUUGAUUUUCUAUCCUGGUUGGUACAAAGAUGAUGAUGACAUUUACGUGCAGAGAUUUCCCUUUAAGACUCUGGCCAUGCUCACCUCAUUCUUCACUAACAUUGCAGUAUCCUAUUUAGCAAAAUACUUGUUUGAAAGUGGCACUUUGCCACCAAAAGUAGACUUCCUGGAUGCCGUUGUUGCAAAAUACAGUAAGGAGAACAUGGACAAGACAACACUUGUGAAAAAUGACAAUAUAAUUCUCAAUGAACUGGCCCCUGUGAAUCCUCGGCACAGUUUGACUCUGAGUACCACAUUCACAAAUCGAGAUGCCUUCAGUGACAUUGAUUCAAGCCCAGAAGUAUCCAAUGCAGAAGAUAAUUGACAGUACCCAACCAAAGAGAAGCCUUUCUUUCACAUCCCCUAUAAUGCAAGAGGGUAUGCCACAAAGAAACGUUGGGGGGCAUUUAAUUGGGAAAAAGAAGAGGAACAAAAUGUCCCUGCACAAUUCUCUAAAUUAAUUUCUAGGAGCAGGAAUUAACUGAAAAGUUUGACUAUAAUAUGUGUUGGAUGGGAUUAUAAAGUAUAUUGUUCCUCCAGCUUUUGAGUUAAACAGAGUACAAAAGUUUUAUUCGGGAAGAAAAUGUCUGAAGUGAGGAAUGUAAAAGGUUGUACUGGGGGAGUGGAAGCUUGCAUUCAGAUUCCUAUGAAAUUCAACUACAGUCAUUCAGUGAUAAUGGUCAACAUUCCAUAGGAAUGAAAUAAAAAGCAAUGUAUCCCAACUAGCCACACAUGAUAUUCUGCUGCUAGGCUGUGCAUAUCAUUUCAGGCCAUGAGGGGUAAGGAAUGUUUGAAUGCACAUGAAAUAUUCCUAAUAGAUACAAUGCUAGCAAGGAGGAGAAGGAUAGCCUUGAAGUCUUUUGCCUGAAAUGGUUGCUUUUUAUAUCAGGAAUAUUUUAUGUCAGGACCCAUUCACAUUUUCUAAUGUCCGUACUUGUAGCCUGAAAUGGACAGUCCAAUAACAGAUGCAUCAUGCCGGGCUUCUGCUCAUCUUUUUUCAAGGUGAUUAUUGCUAAUUACUUAACUGCUUCAUUGCAGCAUACAGUAUCGAAUCCAUUGUCUACAUCAUGAAUUAAUUGUGUGCCUCUCAAUUAACCCUGCAUAGUUAGGGGCAGUAUAAUUCUUGGUACAUUGUUCUCAGUUGUGUAUUCAUGUGACUCAAAUAGUGCAUUGUGUGUCAGCUCCAGGCUAGAAUAUCCUUGGAUAAAUGUGGUUUUGCUGUCCUGGGCCGCAACAGCUUGCGAACCCAGCGUAUACAUUUAAGACUUCUUGAAACAAGCAGCGUAUAGACUUGCAAAGUAGUAUCAUAACCUAUACUCAAGUUCCUAUAUUAUCUGAAAUGCAUAGGCAGUUCUGAGUGCUGGAAGAAGGAAGACCCUUACGAGUUUCAAAAUCCCACCCCACCCCCA